UUCAUAUUUUUUGUAACGAUUUUAUGUUCAUAGAUCUUCUAGAAUCACAAUGGCAGAGCGUUAUAGCGAAUUGGAUGAAGAAGAUAGAAAUUUGUCCAGAGACAACUUAUUCUCAAAUAUUCUAUCUUCUACGUUGGAGAAGGAGGGGAAUGAAUGUAUUCCAUCUGGAGAUGAUCUCAUCUCUUCAUCAGAUCUGACCCCAUUCACCCCACUGCAAGACACCUCCUUCAUUAAUGAUGAAUCAUCAUCAGUGGACCCAAUCUCUAUUUCAGUUGCAUCAUGUCCUAAUUCUGGGGAUCAGUACAUGCUUCCAGAGCUUACUACAGAUCUAUUUGAGAUAGAGGAAGCAUUUUCUAACCAAGUAACCGGUCUUCAUGAUGAAAUAGAAACUGCAUAUUAUUGUAACCCUUCACUAGACUCCAGUGCAAUGGAUACAGAUUUUAUCAGAUCCCCUGUUUCAGCAGCAUUUUCACAAGAAUCAAUAGUGCCUGAAACGUUAGAAAAUGAGUCAACUUCAGAUCGUUCUGUUUCCUUUCAAUCUUGUCAUAAUGAAAUAUCUAACCCAGUCACCCUGAUCCCACGAGAAGUAUCUAACUCUGUACUCUACAACUCCUCUUAUCAAAACACGACAUACAGUCAACAGAGUGGAUUGUCAGUGCCUAAUUUUGAAGACUGGAAUUCAAAUUCGUCAGACUCUUCUAUGCCCACUUCCUCAUUUGCCACCCCAAGAAUAAAUAGACCACCAGAUCCUUCACUUGCGCCUCAAUACCCUAGAUAUCCUACUUCCCCUUUUCCAAGAUUACACUUACCAGGAGCUUUUCCAUCCCAGUCUCAGCAACAGAGCAUCCAGUCUUUAGACCCUUCCAGAAAUUACGAUAGUCUACCACUGAUGCCGAUAUUUCUACCUCCGCCCUUUUUUCUUCCAUUCUCCUCUUCCCAACAGGAUGAGAAAAACGGAGCAUAUCCCCAGUUCCCACCUGGGUUCCCAAUGCCGGCCGGUUUUCCUUCAAUGUUACCAAGAUUUCCAGUUCAUAUGGGUCAAUCUUUUUUUCCUCCAGGAUUCCUUCUGGGAGGUGGACAGUUUCAUAUACCUUCAGUAUUUUCCUCUCCUAAUAAUCUUCCGCCAAGACCAUCAACUUUUUCUAAUCAAGAAGAUGGAUAUGGUAAAGCUCCUUAUGACUCUCCCUUGGGGUACCCUGAGGAAUGUCCUCCAGAGCCAAUUUUUCCUGAGAAUAGAGUUCAAGAACCGGCAUUUUCCGGUCAAUGGCAUGAAUCCACUUCUACUGCCCAGGAGGCUGUUCAACCUUUGCCUUCAAGAGCAGGUGUAGUUCUCAAGAAACCUACAGCAGAUAUUGUGCAUCAAGCAUUGUCACUGGAUGUUCUCUCAGAGCCCUCAUCUGUGAUAAGAUCCUCCAUCCUGUCAUCUAAAACAUCCAGGAAAACUGAUGAAAAGCUAUGCUCCGGAGUCUUCUCUGAUACAGAUGAAGACCUUGAUGCUUCCAAAGAAAAUGAAAUGCCAUCAACUCCUCGAACAGAUCAGUUGGGACAAUGUCCUUCAUUCGAAGUUCUCUAUAGGGAAGAUAUAUCAGACUCUGAUACAGAUACAAGAAUAGUUAACACGCCAUUCAGGCACUCAAAGAACUCCGAGCCAAUUACUGGGACAGUAUCGGAGAGGAGAAAAGUUUGGGAUAUCCAUGUACCUCUUCUUCCAUCUAGAUCCUCUAGGUUUUUUGGAGAUCCAGUUUCCCCUGUUGUAGAUUGCAAGGACUGUUGUGAAAACUUAGGAACUAAAAGUUCUACAAGCCAGGUAUAUGAGUGCGGGGAUCGGUGCAGUAACAGUUAGACACGUUUUGAACAU